ACAUGCCAUCUGGAAUAACCUAACCCAACUACCGGUAUACCAAUUCAUCCGAUCUACCAUCUCUCUCUACCGUUCAUCUCUCAGCCCUUUCCAUCUCCUCUUCCCCUUAGGCCGGACGCAGUCUACACCACGCCGUUCCUCUAGUAUGCUGAGCAGUGAAUCGAUCAAGCUUAGAGGGUGUUGUUGAGGACUAAGAAAUAAUGGAGAAGGAACUGAUUGAGCUGUAUGAGGUGGUCAGAAAGGCGGCAGAUGCGGCCGCUGUUGAAGGAAAAGAUGCAGAGGAAGAGAGGUGCCUUGACGCUAUGAGGCAGCUGAAAAAGUUCCCUGUUAAUUAUAGUGUCCUUGUCUCUUCUCAGGUUGGGAAAAGUCUCAGGAAACUAACAAAACACCCAAGGAAGAGGAUCAAGUCUUUUGCUGCUGAUAUAGUUGAGGUUUGGAAGCAAAUAAUAGUAAGAGAAACCAUGAAAAACAAGAAAUCUGGAAAUUCUGUAAACGAUCAACCUGGACCUGCCAUUGGCAGUCCUGAAGAAGCUAAUAACAAGAAAUAUCAACCAAAAACCACCAAACUCGAUAAACUUGAACCUUCCAUUGCCAUGCCAAACUCUCCUGUGCCCGAGAAAUUACCGAAAAUCCCUCCUGCAAAGCCCGAGAGGACAAACCCGUCACUCUCGAAAAAACCUGAAAACCCUGCUCCACCAAAACUCUCCGCCCUCAUUUACACCAAAGAUGCUGACAGGGACCAGUUGCGAGAAGCCAUAUCAAAGGCAUUAUGCAAAGUUGUUGAUGAGGUGGGCGAUAAUCCUGACAUUAUAGCUGAAGUCAAGGCCUGCGAUCCUUACAGAGUCGCUGUCCAGGUGGAGACUGCACUAUAUGAGAAGUGGGGCAGCGCGAAGGGCUCUAACAGAAUGAAGUACAGAUCAAUAAAGUUCAACAUAACAGACGGAAAUAACCCCGACUUCCGCCGGAAAGUCCUUCUUGGCAUAUUUCCACCUCACACAAUUCCCGAACUGACGCCGGAUGAUAUGGCGAGCGACGCAAGGAAGAAACAGAAUGAGAAAAUAAAAGAGAAGGCGCUGUUUAACAGCCAGAGAAGUGGGCCCUCUGUGGCGAGCACAAAUGCUUUCAAGUGCGGGAAGUGUGGGAAGAGGGAGUGCAACUAUUACCAGUUGCAAACAAGGAGUGCUGAUGAACCGAUGACUACUUUCGUCACAUGUGCAAAUUGUGAUAAUAGAUGGAAGUUUUAAGAGGGAGUUUUUGUUAGUUGCGGGGCCAAUUGUGACUGUUGGUUGCAUUAUGAGCUUUCGAUUAGGUCGGUACACUACCUUCUCUUGAUGCCUUUAUUAGCUUUAGUUCUGAUUUUUUUUUAUUUGGCAAUGUUACAUUGCCAUAUUAUUGUUGAAACUUCAUUGUUGUAUUAUUCGACAUUCUUUUUACUUAAAUUGUAGUUUUACUUUAGGUGUUUUUAUUAUAUAUGUAGGUGUUGCUUGUAUUUAACACAAUAUAAAACUAUUGCAAACAAGUUAUUGGAUGGUAUGGAAGAUUCCUAUGAAGCUAUCUAUCAUCUAUCAUUCUGUGAAA